AUGAACUAUCGGCGCUCACAUCCAGCUGCCGGUCCUGAUUUUUAUGCGCGUAAUGGAGAGAUUGAACAUGAUUCUCGUUUGCAAGAUGGGUUCAUCAAAAUGCUCUUGGUGUUGCCCGCAUGCCUGCCCGAUGCCAGGGACAGGAAUAAUAUCGAAAAGAAGACUGAGCUAAUCCAGAAUUCGAACCUCAAGGCGAAGCUUUAUAUGCCGGAGUCAGAAGAGGUGCCAGCUUUCAUUUCUAUGGGAGCUUCAAGUAAGCUCUUCAUGCAGCAAGGCAUUACAACUGCGGUAGAGUACUUCGGCAGAAGCCAUGAAGGCCUAGCUAUGAUCGAAGGACCCCUUCUUCUCGUGCAGAUUCCUGACGUUGGCCGUGAGAAAUUCCUGGUUCAGGAAUAUCUUCUCAAGGUUGACGGUCACCGACGGAUGGAGAUAACCGCCCUACCACCUAAACAAACGGAGGUGUGGCGGUAUUGUCUUGAGUCGAUUUCUUUCGACACGGCCACGGAGGAGACAGCCAUAGAAGAAGAAGAAGAAGACCUCAUUGAUCUUAGCGAUAACGUUCCCGAGACUCGGCACAACAAACCAGUCGAUAAAACCACGAGGCCCGGGCCCGAGCCCGAGCCCAAGUCCAACCCCGAGAACGCAAGGUCUGAAGUUCAGCAACGCGAGUUUGAGACCUAUGUGGCCAACUUCAAGGAUGACUUCGAGACAGCAGUUGCGCGCCUCAUGUCCGAGCCUGAUGAAAUGCACAUGCGAGUUAACUUUGGUGCUUUACUCCAUUUCCAAAUAUCGACGAAUCUCAAGAAAGGUAGCCUACGGGACUAUGAGCGCAUGCUUGCCACAGUGAUGGGCAAAGGAAACUUUCAUUUUUCAAAAGACAUAUCUUAUCUGAGUGGCGACGCGCUCGGGUUUGCCCGCAAGGUAAGACUGGCUAUUGAAGCGUCUCCUGAGAUAUUUGCUCCUGCCUCCAAUCGUAUCGAUUCUUUAGAGGAUGUGCCUCUCGAGACAACAGUCGUUGUUUUCACGCCGUCUCUCCGCUUCGAUAUGAAACUCCAGGGUUUCACCGGUCGAGAAAACAGCAGCAAGGAGAGUCUGGGGCUUGUUCGGCCUAGUAUAUUCAAAAGAGAACUCAGAAACCGCGAAAAGUACAUCGUGUCCGCCAACCCAGGUGGUGCUUUCGACUGGGAUUUGGAGGUCCUGAUCCGCGAAUCUCAAGACAACUUGGAUGAUAGACUACGGCAGCUAGAUCGUUUUAUGACGGUCAAAACAGAGCUAGAUGGAACGUACUGCCCAUUCUUUGAAGACAAGCUGGUCCAAAACGCUCUCGGGGUCACUAUUAUCAGCACCAAAUCGGCACGUACAUAUGAAAUGGGGCUGUACAAAGUCGAGCUCGCGGUUUACAUCGACUGGGAUCCCCAAAGCGGAAAGCGUCUUUGGCAGUCGUGUGCCAUGUCGCUGUACAGCGUCGACUGGAAUGAAGUCCUCGACAGGCGCAACCUUGCUUUUGGCCCGCGUGACUUUGGCGUUUGCAACUCAGCCUUGCUUCCUGUUGGGCCUAGCGAUCAACUUGAAGACGGUGCUGCAAUACUGCUGGAGACCAUCGAGAAGGUCCAGAAGUUUCUCAUGGAUCUGGUCUGUGAGCCAAAAGUUGUGGUGGAAACCGAACAGAUGACAGAUACAGAACCACAUGGUGUUGAACCUGCAACUGCGGAUGAGGGCCGCCCAGCAAAGAUUAUAACCCGGCAGGUACAGACUGCUAAUAAUAAGGCCCCAAAGUCUCUGAGGCUCAUCAAUGCAGAACUAGAGACCAAAGCCGAGACCAAAGUCAGAAAGUCCCAUGGGAAGAAGAAAUCAUCUCGGCGGUAG